CACACCAGGGAGAAGCCCUUUGCCUGUACUGACUGUGGGAAGAGUUUCACCCAGAAAUCCAAUCUCAGCACACAUCGCCGCACCCACAAUGGGGAGAGACCCUAUGUCUGUGACAAGUGCAACAAGAGCUUCAUACAGAGAUCUGUGCUAACCCUGCACCGCCGCACCCACACUGGAGAGAAGCCGUAUGUCUGUGGUGACUGUGGUGAGAGCUUCACUGACAAGCCCAGCCUCACCCACCACAUACAGAUCCAUAGCAGUAAGAAGCACUUUGCCUGAACUGACUGUGGGAAGAAUUUCACCCUGAAAUCCCACCUCACCCAGAGCCACCGUGCCCACACUGGGGAGAAGCUGUAUGUCUGUGGUGACUGUGGGGAGAGCUUCACUGACAAGCCCAGCCUCACCCACCACCUACAGAUCCAUAGCAGUAAGAAGCACUUUGCCUGA